GAGCCAGUCGGCUCCGCGCUUCACGCGUGUGCGCAUCUUGUGCAACGUUUUCGUUGCGUUCGGUGAUUUUGAGAGCAAAAGAAAAGAGAGAUCUCGCAAGUAUUCGCGCGGUGAAUAAAUACCUGUCGGCGAUUUAUGAAUAAACAGUUAAAAAUUGCGGUUCGCGAUUGCAGUUGAAAUUAGCGCGUCUCUUAUCUUCCUUUCGACGAGGACACCGGCUGAAGACGAUGAGGAUGUCGAGGAUGUAAGAGCGGCGCACUUGGAACGUCUCCGAUCCGCGGCACGAUGGCGCGGAAAUGGUGACGAAUUUCAAUAUUGAACAUCUAGCUGCUCGUCCUGAGGGACACAUAAACCGAAAGUAAGGAUGGCCUUUCACUGGGAUAAGCUUUCGCCAGCAGAAUUCCAACAACUUCAGGACUUGGCAGCUUAUUCCACACGGAAACUUCAGGAUGUUUUGACUGAAUUUUGCGGGAACAACACAACGCCGUGUGGCGCGAAAUAUCAUCCGGACGGAGACAUUGAUUACGAGGGUUUCCGUAAAUUCCUGAAUUCGUAUCUGGAGAUCGAUACACCGGAUGAAUUGUGUCGACAUCUUUUCCUUUCGUUCGUCAGGAAAGACUCGCGUGGAGUGGACGGCAAAGCUUUCAAGGAGAUGGCUGUGCUCUCCUCGACAACCGCCUGUGCUGCAAUUACGUCGCACACGACUUCCAGCAGUAAUGUUAAUAGCACCGGCGUACCCGGUGGAACUUCCGCAGAGAGCCACAGCGGAUCCACGUUAGCUGACAAAAUUCACGGAAUUACGGAAAAAUUGCAAGCACUGGGCCAUCACAGAACGGAGAGCGAGAUCCGGACGCGAACCGGAAGCGUGCAUCCAAUGUUGACGGUCACCCAUACAUCGUACAGCUGUUACGAUGUGUUAGAGAAGAAGAGCACAGAUAGCAGCCCAAGUCACAGCCAAAUGUCGCGAAAUUCGUCCAGGAAGUCGAACAAUUCCCUCCUCGUCAACAACGGGAAAUUGGAAGAGAUGAGGCAUCUUGUCAGAAAGCAGAGCACAAUAGAUGUCCAAUCCGUUAAAGUCAGUCUCAAAGACAUCGUUUGUUACCUCUCUCUCUUGGAAGCCGGCAGACCGGAGGAUAAACUGGAAUUCAUGUUCCGGCUAUAUGAUACGGAUGGGAACGGUGUCCUUGACACGAACGAGAUGGACUGCAUCGUCAAUCAAAUGAUGAAUGUCGCGGAAUAUCUCGGCUGGGAUGUUUCAGAAUUGAAACCGAUCCUGCAGGAUAUGAUGAUAGAGAUUGAUUAUGACGCAGAUGGUACAGUCUCAUUGGAAGAAUGGAAACGAGGUGGUCUUACGACAAUUCCUCUUUUGGUUCUUCUGGGUCUGGAUUCUCAUGUGAAAGAGGAUGGAAAUCAUCUCUGGAGGUUGAAGCAUUUCAGCAAACCGGCAUAUUGCAAUCUUUGUUUAAAUAUGCUGGUUGGCCUUGGCAAGAAAGGACUUUGUUGCGUUUUUUGUAAAUACACGGUACACGAGCGAUGUGUGCAAAGAGCGCCUGCCUCCUGUAUAGCCACUUAUGUCAAGAGCAAAAAGACAUCUCAGACAAUGGUUCAUCAUUGGGUUGAAGGUAAUUGCCAUGGAAAAUGUUCCAAGUGCAAAAAGACGAUCAAAAGUUACAACGGCAUCACCGGUUUACACUGUAGAUGGUGCCAAUUAACCUUGCAUAAUAGAUGCGCAUCGCAAGUACGAGCGGAAUGUACGCUUGGCGAGCAUGCGGUACAUAUCCUUCCACCUACAGCGAUUUGUCCCGUUGUGCUUGAUAGGCAAAGAUCGUUAUCGAGGGAUAGCAAACGAGGUAGCAAACACGGUCAGGAUAGUUCAUCGGUUAGUUCCGGUGGUUUCCUAAGCUGCGGUAGUUCGAAUCAACAACCAGCUAUGUCCUUUCAAAUUACACCACCGGAAGACACAACGCCGCUCUUGGUAUUCAUAAAUCCAAAAUCGGGUGGCCGACAAGGAGAAAGAAUGCUACGAAAAUUUCAAUACAUUCUAAACCCUCGACAGGUCCAUAAUCUAGCGAUUGGUGGACCUAUGCAGGGUUUGCAACUGUUCAAGGAUGUCGAAAAUUUUAAUGUGAUCUGUUGCGGCGGUGAUGGAACGGUCGGCUGGGUUUUAGAAACGAUGGAUCGUGUACAAUUUGAAAAACAACCUGCCGUUGGCGUUAUACCUCUCGGCACGGGAAAUGACCUUGCAAGGUGUUUACGCUGGGGCGGUGGUUACGAAGGAGAAGCAGUGCACAAAGUUCUUAAGAAAAUAGGAAAGGCGACACAGGUGAUGAUGGAUCGCUGGCAAAUAGAAGUUUUAGAUCAAAAGGACGAAAAGAAAUCGAAUCAGGACAGUAUACCGUACAAUAUCAUUAAUAACUAUUUCUCGGUGGGCGUCGACGCUGCCAUUUGCGUCAAAUUCCAUAUGGAGAGGGAGAAAAAUCCAGAGAAAUUUAAUAGCAGAAUGAAAAAUAAACUAUGGUACUUUGAAUACGCAACUACGGAACAAUUUGCAGCCAGUUGCAAAAAUCUUCACGAAGAUCUCGAAAUAAUCUGCGACGGUACACCACUGGAUUUGGCGCAUGGGCCAUCUUUGCAAGGAGUCGCAUUGCUAAACAUUCCUUUCACUCACGGGGGCUCGAAUCUUUGGGGUGAACAUCAUACGCGGCAUCGUCUUGGUAAACGAAAAAAACGACCGGACAAAGAACUUAGUACCAGUAGCUUCAAUUCCGUAGAUCUCACCGCCGCGAUUCAAGACAUCGGGGACAAUCUCAUAGAAGUAAUCGGUUUGGAGAACUGCUUGCACAUGGGUCAGGUGAAGACUGGAUUGCGACAUUCCGGCAGAAGACUAGCCCAAUGCAGCAGCGUCACCAUCAUUACAAGCAAACGAUUUCCCAUGCAGAUCGACGGAGAACCUUGGAUGCAAGGUCCUUGCACGAUUCGCAUCACACAUAAAAAUCAAGUACCAAUGCUGAUGGCACCACCGCCGGAUAAGAGUAAAGGCUUCUUCCGGUUUUUAAGGAGGUGAACACAAUAGCUUUACGCUUUUAGCGAAGGAGGAUAAAUUCUAUCGAGUGAAAAAAAAAUCAAUUCCAACCCAGUCUCUAACCCAGUCUUGUCAACGUCGGGCACGUUUUAUCUUCUUUAUUACGGCGGAAAUGUAUCGAUUCCAUCGCAUGUAGUCGCAGCUUCGAUACUCGUCUAAACGCGAAGAAUGCGAGCGUCAACGCGUCUUAGGUAUUUUUGUGUACAAUAUUUUCAAACUAAAUGCAAUUUUAUUGUCUUAUGAAAGUUUAUGUAUUUUAUGUAAAGUUUUAGUCUUAUAGAUAUGCCAACCCAAAGGCUUUAAGGCUUGAAUGCUAGAAAUUUUCGAUUAUUUUUUGAUUCUCAAUUGGUGAAAUAAAAACACCGAGCGGACAAGAAUCAAUUUGCCAUAUAUGAUAAAUCAUAAUUCUGUCGCUUAAUUUACGUAUUGCCUUUUAGCUGUGCGAAUCGAUAGAGAUUAUAUUUAUAAAAAAAAAAGAAUUGUGAUUAAAAUAUCUUUCAGAUUUAGCGAAAGCAAACUCGUUUGCAAAAUAACGUCGUCCUUUCAAUUAAGGGUCAAGUUACUUCACGCAAGUCAUCAAUUGCUCGGCGAGAGCUUUCGCGUUUUCGAAUUCUGCCGCUUUUUACAUGUGUGCAAAUCGCACAUAUUUAUGCAAGAAAUGAGCAACACAUUGACACGGCGAAUUAUUGUGCGGUGUCGUGCAAACGAGAGUGGAGUUGUAAUAAAAGCUACUUCAACUUAGCGCGUAUAUGAAUAUAAUUCUUUCAAGAUCUCUAUCGCCGAACAAUUAGCACUUUUAGCGUAGAAAGGAUGGGCAAACAAAUGUGGACUGGUUUGGUCGACAUAUUUUCGCUUACGUGAUACGUGAUAUAUUCCUAAUUCUGGUUCUCCUUUGCACGAAUCCGUCCGUCAAUCUCUCACGAGUAACAUAUAUCUUCCUCUCUUAUAAUUCUAGGUUUUUUGUAAGGCUUAAUCGUAAACGCUUACAAUUAGACAUAAAUCAGGAUCUAUUUAUUUAUUUAUUUAUUCAACUAUUUAUUUAUUUAUUUAUUUUUCGUAUAUUUUAUAAGUUUAAGAGCAAUAUAUCAUAAGCAUAUCAACGAGCGAGUGCGGUUGCGUAGCACGUUGUAAUGUGUGUGCGUUUGGUUGUUAACAUUUAUGAGAGAUCAUAAGUCACGAAUUACGGAAUUAUGAAUAUUAUUUAAUCUACAUGCGGAUUAUAAUUCUCGAUAGCAAUUAUAUAUAACUCGCGUCUUUAUAUAUCACAUUAUUUCUUAUAUGUUUUUUAAUGUGAUUGUAAUUAUUAUACUUCUCAUAUAUAUUUCUCAACUAUUUUUGCACUUUGUGCUUGCAAAGAAAUAUAAGUAAAUUUCUCGUAAAUCUCUCCAUUAAUAUAUGUUCUCUUAUUAAGCGUACAAGCGCCUGCAUUUUACAUACUACUAGCUCUAUGCUAAUUUAUAUAUUUAUGGAUGCUUCCAAGCACUUUUCUUCUUCUCUGCUACAGUUACUUCGAUUAAAACUUUAUAUAUCAAUAACGAUUACGCGAUUCUAUAAUUUCUUGAUAUUUCCGAAUGUUAAGAAAGUAAGUAGCUAAUAUAGCCAAUAUAAAUUAAGAGUGUACUAUUUAUUAAAUUAUAUGAAUUCUAUUUCCAUGCACUUGUUAAAUGCAUUUUGUUAAUAUAAAAUAAAAUCUGAGAUAAUAUAUACAUAUAUAUUAUGUACAUAUUAUAUAUGUAUAUACAUCUUGAAUCUAAUGUAGUGAAACAAAAUUUUGUUUUUGUAAUUAUAUGUAUACAUAUAUGUGUGUAUGUA